AAGUGUCAUAUACGUCUGACAGCUGUCCAUCGACAGAAACUGCUAGUUGGGUAGCAAACAGCUGUCAGUGAGAAUAAACGGCACUCUGUGUCUGAACUACGAACGAAACACAUGUGUCUUCCUUCCACGAGUUAUAACAAUUGGCGACGAGUGACAAAUUCUGAGAACCCUGGAACGCUAGCGCUACGCAGUUAAAGAAAAGCUGAAACAAUCGGGUAUAAGUGGAGACAGUGUCAUGAUCGAAGAGAAACCAACAAGCAGUGGUACAAAGCAGAACAUCGCACAGAGUGAACAACGCACCACAAUGGCAAAAUUCGAUAUGGAACCUUUUAACAAAGGGCUCAUGCAAUGGGCCCGCUGGGUGAAACGCUUCGAAGGAGCAAUGUCGGUAUUUGAGGUUAAAUCGAAUAAUAAAAAAGCCAUGCUUCUGCAUUACAUGGGUGUUGAUUCAUACAAUUUAUUGUGUGAUCAUAUUUCUCCGGAAGAACCAGAAGACAAAACAUACGAACAAAUAGUGAAGUGUUUGGAUGAGCUGUUCGACCCGAAACCCCUCGAAAUGGUGGAACUAUGGAAGUUUCGUCAACGACUUCAGACUGAAGGCGAAACUGUAACGGAGUUCAUCACGGCUUUGCAAAAAGUGGCGGUUAAUUGUGAUUUCGGGCAAUAUUUGACAAAGGCGCUCAGGAACCAGCUAGUUUUUGGUGUACGGAAUCCAAGAAUACGCAACCGGCUGAUUGAAGAAAGAAAUCUAACACUGGAAAAAGCUAAGCAAAUUGCUUUAGCCAUGGAAGCCGCCGGAGAUGGCGCUGAAGUGCUGAAUAGCAGAAGUGCUGAAGUGCUGAAUAGCAGAGGUGCUGAAGUGAAAGAAGUAAACAUCGUGAGCAACACAACGAAGAAAAACGUCGAGUGUUAUAGAUGUGGAGAAUCACAUUUUGCAUAUGUAUGCAAGCACAAAAGAACCGUCUGCAAAAAGUGCGGGAAAAUUGGACAUUUGCAGCGCGUCUGUCGCACGAACAAUAGAAGCAAAAGUGUGAGGUUAAUUGAUGAACAACAUCAAGACAGCGAGGAGAACGAAGAGAUUGCAUAGAAUACUGUGGAUACAGGAUCGACAAGUACGGUAUUCACAAAAUGAAGGAGAAAAUUACUGCCAUUCAACUAAUGCCAAAACCAAGGAACAAAGAUGAGGUAAGAGCUUUUGUAGGCCUUGUGAAUUAUUACGCGAGAUUUAUCCCAAAUUUAAGUGAAAAGAUCUAUCCCAUAAAUAAUUUACUUAAAAACGAAAUUCCUUUCGAAUGGCAUGAAGGUUGCCAGGACGCAUUUGAAUGGAUCAAAAAGGAAAUGCAAUCUGAACGGAUCUUGGUACACUACGAUCCUAGCUUACCAAUAGCUCUAGCAGUAGAUGCUUCGCCCUACGGAGUUGGCGCCGUUUUAAGUCACAUCUAUCCAGAUGGCAAAGAAUAUCCAAUUCAAUACGCAUCUCAAACACUAUCACCAACCCAACAAAGAUAUACUCAGGUGGAUAAAGAAGCAUAUGCGAUUAUUUUCGGAGUUAAAAAGUUUUACCGAUAUCUUUAUGGAAGAAAAUUUAUCUUAAUAACCGAUAACAAGCCAGUUUCUCAAAUUCUAUCACCACAGAAAGGUUUGCCAACGCUAUCAGCAACUCGCAUGCAACAUUACGCUGUAUUUCUAGAAUCAUUCAAUUUUGAGAUUAGAUAUCGACCAUCAAAAGAACACGGAAAUGCUGACGGAAUGUCACGAUUGCCAAUCCGAGACAUUCAGCUGGAGGAUACAGAAGAACCCGAUGAAAUUGAACUAAAUCAAAUAGAAAAUCUUCCCGUAUCAGUAGAAGAACUUAGUAAAGAGACUAGCAAAGACAUAAAUGUUCAAUUACUAAUAGACGGAUUAAAUUCAGGGAAAACAGUAUCCAUUAACGAUCGUUUUGGAAUCGACCAGACACAAUUUUCUCUUCAAAAGGGAUGUCUUAUGAGAGGCGCUAGGGUCUACGUUCCACCUCAAUUACGAAAUCGAGUCUUAGACGAACUUCAUGAAGGCCAUUUCGGCAUAUCACGCAUGAAAUCUCUUGCUAGAUCUUAUUGUUGGUGGAAAAAUAUGGAUAACGACAUAGAAAGAUUAUCAAAAAACUGUGUUUCUUGUGCAAAAGUAAGAAAAGAUCCUCCUAAAGUACCAACUCAUGUAUGGAAGCGUCCACAAUCAGUUUUUGAAAGAGUACAUGCGGAUUACGCUGGGCCAUUUAUGGGUAUAUAUUUUCUUAUUCUAGUAGAUGCGUACAGCAAAUGGCCUGAAGUAAAAAUAACACCGGAUAUGAAUACAGACACUACUAUAGACAAAAUGCGAGAAAUUUUUGCCACUUUUGGCUUGCCAUCAAUUUUAGUGACCGAUAGAGGUACACAAUUCAUGUCAGAAAAAUUCCAAACAUUCUUAAAAUCUAACGGAAUAACCCAUAAAACAGGAGCUCCUUACCAUCCCGCAACAAAUGGUCAGGCAGAAAGAUAUGUACAAACAAUUAAAGAUAAAAUUAAAACUAUGCAAUGCCAUAAAUCUGAAAUUCCAAAAAAGUUACAAAACAUACUGCUAGCGUACAGGAAAACAACUCAUCCAAGCACAGGGGAAAGUCCCUCGCGGUUAAUGAUAAACAGACAGAUACGGUCUCGGCUUGAUGUUAUGGUACCAAAAAUCGAAAAGAAAUCCAAUCCCGAAGUAGUACACAAAACGACAAGAUCAUUUGCAGUAAACAAAAGAGUAGCAGCAAGAGAUUUCUUUUCCCAGACCGAAAAGUGGAAAUUUGGAACGAUUACAAAGAAGCUAGGAAAACUGCAUUACGAAAUACGAUUAGACGAUGGAAGGAUGUGGAAAAGGCACAUAAACCAAAUGAGAUCUGGUCCUGAAGAAAUAUCAAUCCACCAUAGUAGUAACCAAAACAUAGAACCUUGGAUAGAUGAAUCAGUUUAUCUGCCAGAUAGGAUGGAAGAGUUUCAACUCCCUCAUGAUUCAGAAACGGAGAUGGUUAGAUCUGAUAAUAUCAAUGAAGAUUUAGCUUGUGGAGAAGAAUCUCAAACUCAAGUUAGGAGAUCAACAAGAACUCGACAACCACCAAUUCGAUACCGUGAUUAGGGAUUAUUACUUUAAUUUAGAAUAUAAAUAUGAAUUGUCUUUCACACUUUAGCAAGUAAUCACUUUAUAUUGUUAGGAGGAGAGAGUUGUCAUAUACGUCUGACAGCUGUCCAUCGACAGAAACUGCUAGUUGGGUAGCAAACAGCUGUCAGUGAGAAUAAACGGCACUCUGUGUCUGAACUACGAACGAAA